AUGCCAGCUAACAGACCUGCCCGCCCAACUGUUACAGGCUGCUCUCUUGCUAUGUUCAACAACGAGUGCAUCCCCCUUCUUCAUGCUGCAAAUGGAGAAGAUCAGGCUGUCAAUGAUGCUCGGUAUUAUAGGGCCCUCAAUCUUGUGCUCACUGGAUAUGAUUCUCAGAAACUUGUUCAGUAUUCCAUCGAACCGACACGCAACAAAAUCACUGAAGACAGGGUUGUCACUGUUGUCAGAGACUAUGACAGCCUCAUCAGCUUCACUGACUGGCUUCCAAUUGCCAGGGACCUCUUUAUCUAUCCUGUCUCUAAUACUGUGGAUACUCUUACAUCUAAUGUGCACCUCCAAGUUCCGAUGAAAAUCAAAGCACAUCAGGCUGAGGUGCCAGUACAUCCACACCGUGUGCCCAACAUAUGCUUGGGGACUGUGAGUGUUCGCACCAAGGUGCGGCUGUUCUUUCCAGCAUUAUAUCAAGAGAACAACGCAGAUGUACCUGUGGAGCUCACCCCAGAGCAGAAGACUGCAAUUUAUGAGGAUGGUCUGUUACCGACACUCCGCAAGCACAAUCCAGAGACUAUCACCAAUUGGCCCACCAGCUAUGCCACUGCCCUUCAUCGUGCCAGGAAAUCCAACAAUCAGUUUCAACAUCGAACUCAUCCUUUCCCCAGUGCCAUGAUCCCUAAUCUUGGAUACGACCUGCCCAGAAAAUUGGCCAACAAGCAUGCCUGGGCAAGAGAUAUGUUAUUCAUGACACAGGUCCAGGGUGUCAAAGAGGCAAACCAACAUGUUCCGGACAACAAUGGAGAUGCAUUGGAUGCAUUGUAUGUCUUGCUGGGUGACCUGGAUGAUGAGCUACGUGCAGAACCACGCUGCUGGGUGGAUGUAGGACUGGAAUUAUCUGAGCCAGGCUUUUCCUAUCAGUGGCGCACCGACUCCCACAGUGACAUCAUCCAACACUUCACUUGUUUGACUGCUGCUCAAGCUGCCAGCUAUGUCAACCGUCCAUCACGCCAUUACCACAGGGAUAUUUCGUCUGGUUUGUUGCAUGUCUCUGGAUUCCGUGGCACCUUUGCAUUGGGUGUUGAAGAUCCUUCAUACAUUCAAGCCUACACGACCGAUAAAGCCUUGAUUCAACAACUGGACCGUGGAAAACAUGGAUUGACCAUUCGCGGCAAAGACAUGCUAGAUGGUCGUCCCCCGGCAUAUAUGCAGAGGCUGCAUGAUUUGUAUUUUGAUGCCAAGGAGAAUCACAACUGCGCUGCGAGAAUUGAGUUCAGAGUUCAGAUUGAUCAGGCCAACGAGAGAUUUUUGACCAUUCCCGAGGAGCUAAUAGCAAGCAGCAUCUUGGCCUUUGAUCGUAAGGAUUGGUGGCAAUGGCGACUUGUCCGUCUGCAGGGAUUUUCACGCACAGUGUCUCUGCAAAAUCAAGUUGGUGGUAGUCCUCGAGUAUCACCGGAUGCCCUUGCCCUGACAGCAGGUAUUCAGUGGCUUACCAAUGGGCUGCACUCUCGGCCGGACGAUGGCAGUGCGGCACGUGAUGUCAUGUGCACAGUGCUGCCUCUGACCGAGGAUUAUGAACAUGCCAUGUUGGACAUCCGUCCUAGGAGAGAGGAUAUUCGGCCUGGCGAUGGCUUGCCAUUCAGUGCAUAUGGGGCCUAUUUUUUCCGGACUAUUAUCUGGCCACCAACGGCAGAUAUUCCGAGAAUGGAGCGAGGUCCUUCAGUGAUGCGGCAGUCGAGCUUCAAGUAUGUGUUUGGGAUGGAUUAUGAUACACUGCAGAGAAAGUAUCGGCCUCUACUUUACAUUCCGAAUUCCAUGGUGCCUAAGGCACGGGUGGGGACACAAAAGUCAUUCUCCAAAAGACAUCGGGUGGACGAGCCAGCUCCUGCAGCCAUCCUUGAAAACUUUGAAAUCUACCUCGGUGACGGACACUACGAUGCUGGCGAGGACCUGCCAUGGGACGAACGUGCUGACUACCCUGAAGAACGUCAAGAUGACCCCGGGGUGCAAUUGACCAGACUAUGGAACCAGUUUUGCAGUGACGUACUGCAAAAAUGUGGAAAUUUGAAGGGCGAGCCACUCGCGGCAUCACACUGCAGACUCAGUAUGGAGGAACGUCUGCAUGUCACUGAUGACGUCUACAAAGACAUGAACCUCGCGAUGGUCUUCCACCGGGUGCAGUGCAUGAAAGUUAGUGGAAAGGAAUGGAUGGACGCAUUUAACCUUUACUUCCCGUCUUUCAAAGGACCGGCCGGAAGGCAGCCACAGAACUAUCCGAGGAUGAAAUAUUGGGAGGAAUGGUGCGACCUGAAACUGAAACUGUCGGCCAAGGACUUCGACACGGUCCGACGCAAAUUCUGGGAAUUAUUCAGGACGUUGUUGUGGAUUGCGAAGCCGUGCAAGUCCCGGGUGUGGAACUAUGAGGUGGACCUGAACUUCCGGAAAUUUCCGGUCAAUUACGAUGGUCGAGCUCCACAGGUCAUUGUGAGCCCAUCAGCGCACCCUGCUAGAUGGGAGCCGGAGCGGGUACCGGGUGGAGAUGCUGAAGGCGAGGAAGAAGAAGAGGCGAGCGAGGAUGAGAAUGGAGGCGAGCCUGAGGUGGACCGGCGUCAAUGGGUGAAUGGAAUUGCACCGAUCCCGGACCGGAUCCUGUUGCGUGAGGAGGAGGAGGAAUCCGGGUCCGAGAUAGAUGUGUAG